CGCAAGUUCUCCUACCUGCCCUUCAUCCCCACCCGGGGGGACUACUACGACUGCCGCGUGGAGCAUGAGGGGCUGCCCAACGCCCUCCUGAAGCACUGGGAGCCCCAGGUGCCCCUCCCUGCCUCCGAGAGCACCGAGACCCUGGUGUGCGCCCUGGGCCUGGCCGUGGGCAUCGUCAGCAUCAUCGUGGGCACCAUCCUCAUCAUCAAGGCCAUGAAGAUGAACAGUGCCCGCAACCCACAGGGCCUCUUGUGA